AUGCAGUCCUUUGUUCUCCUUUUAGUGCUCCUCCUCAUGGAUUUUGGCGGUGGUUUGGGGGCGUGGAAGGCGGCCGCGGCGGGGGAUUCCCGCACGCCGGCGAUUUCCUUUGGGGCGGCAGGGGUCUGCUCCCGCAGCCCGCUCUGUUCCAAACCCGGCAACCCCUCGGAGCUCCUUUUAAAGUACUGCAACCCGGUAUCGUCGUAUUUGUAUCGAUUCUUCGUCCGCCGAAUGCGGGGUUCGCGGAAAGGGGAGGGCUACGCCACUCCCCCAUCGUCGUCGGAGCUGCCCUUCACGCACGACGCGGCCGCCCGCGCGCACGCCCUACGGGAGCUUCGCGAGCUCCUCUCCAGCCGCCUCUACGGCCAACCCCACGUCGUCGACGCGCUGAUCGAGGUGGUUCGGUAUAAAAUUUACCAUCCCUUGGAGCCGACGGUGGUGCACCUCGCCGGGGAUAACGGGGUGGGGAAGACUUUCACCGCGCGGCUCGUUUCCCGGGCGCUUUCGUUGCGUUGUGGGGGCAACAGCCCCGGGUGUGAGGCCGGGGAUAACCUCCUGACGAUCUCCGGGACGAGCUUCGAAGGGCUCCCGCUGGAGGAGGCGCGGCGGGAUGUCGUCGGGCGGCUCUCCCGCCACCUCCGCGCCUUCCCCCACGGCCUCGUGCUGAUUGACGACCUCACGGCGAUGGACCCCGCCCUGGUGGCCGCGCUGGCCCCGCUCUUCGGCCGCGGGACGCACUUCCCGGAGCAGCUCUACCCGGCCUACCCCGACGACCCCACCCCGCCGGCGGGGCCCACGACGGCCUCUAAAGGAAAGGCCGUGUCCGCGUCCGCGGCCGUGGCCGCCGCGUCGGCGCCGCCGGUGUCACAGCUGCUCGUGUUCAUCACGACCGACCUCGGGAAGCAGGGCCGGACCCGCGGGCGGUCGCUGCGCGAGAUCGAGACGAUGGUGCGAGGGGCCUUCACGGAGCUCUACGGCGCGCUGCUCCCCGCCUACACCCACACGUUCGCCUACCUGCCUUUCAGCGCCGGCACCGCCGAGGCGGUCGUGCGGGGGGCCGUCGCGCAGCUCCCCUGUGAGCUGUUCGAUGGAGGGGGGGGGGCCACGGCGUCCCCGCCGGUGAUCGCGAGCGAUAUCGACGAGGCCGCUGUCGCCUUUCUCGUGCAGCAGCUGCGGCCGGAGUGGGAUGGGCGGGAGAACGCGCACGCCCUCAAACGCGCGACGAAUCGCCUCCGCACGCAGGUGUUGGCGUAUUUGGAAACCCACGGGAUGGAUUCGCGGGUGGUGGUUCGGCUCGUCUUGGAUGAACGCGCGAUGGAGGUGAGGCUGCGGGUGGAGGGGGGGAAGGGAAAGGGAGCGGAUCUCUGA